AUGAACUGGAAGAAAUGGUCAAUCAAAUCAAAACCCCUUCACAAGAAGAAGAAAAGACUUGCCAAACAGAAUUCCAAGAAAGAGCUCUCACAUCAGUCUUCUGUGGAAGAUCUUCCUCACCCUUCACCGGACAUGGAGGAAAACGUUUUAAAAUGUUUUAGAAUCUUCAACAGAGAGAGGGAAUUACUUCUCCCAACAAAAGAAGAAGAGAAAACACACCGGAAUAAAGUCAAUGAAUGUUAUGAAUCUCAGGAUGAACUGGAAGCUUCAGAUAAAGACUCUAAACAGAAAAUCACUAAACAAGUGACUUUUGACUCCAGUGAACUAACAAGCAAGAAACCUAUAGCUAAUAUAGGAGUGAGUACAUCAUUCAGCUGAUAUUAUACACACACUGACUGUGAUUUAUUCCAAGGUUUGUUGUUGUUCCUCUGCCCCCCUCCCCCUUUCUUCCAAGGUUUGUUGUUGUUUCCCCCCCCCCCCCACCUUCCUUUCUUCCAAGGUUUGUUGUUGUUCCUAUGCCCCCCCCCCACCUUCCUUUCUUCCAAGGUUUUUUGUUGUUCCU